CCGUCGGUGUUCAUCCACCACAGUUUCGGGGAAAAGGGACUUUUUUAAUCGAUAUGGCCAAAAGCAGCUCCUCCAACUCCACCAGGAGGUCCCUGAAGAGCUUGUUCUCCAAAAGCGAGGUGAACCUGAAGGAGUCCGCAGAGAGGGAUGAACAGAGCCGCUCCAGAACCCUCAGACUGUUCACCUGGAGGAGGAAGAGGAGGACAGCUGGAGACGGACAGGCCUCGGACACCACCAGAGUGGACUCUCCUGAGGCUGAUGAAGAGGACUGGCCUGAUGCUGACCAGAAGCCUUCAAUUUACUCCACUGGCCCAAGGUCAAAGAAGGGGCUGCUCAGUAGCUCUGAAACUGAUCUCCACAAGCCCAAGCGCAUCUCCUCCUUCUCUCUGGGUUGGAGGAGGAAGAAGAAGAAAAACGCAGCUCUGUCCCAGAGUUUCGCGAGUAGAGAUCAUCUCCCAGAACAGCAAACUGAAGACCAGGUGGACCAAGUUGAAUUCAGUCAGCAGGUCCAGUGUGAGGUGGUGGAACCUGAAUUGACACCCAGUCUUAUCCCCACUGACCAUCAGCACCACCAGAAUAUCCAGCCUGAGGAAGUUAUGGAAGGUGCAGCAGGUUUCAUGCCAGCUAACAUCAAUAGCACCUUAAUUUCGUAUAUUGAUUCUGACAGCGAUGGUUAUCAAACUCCUCCUGAAAGUCCAGGUUUAGUUCCUGAGGAGUAUGUUUUUGCACAUACUGACCUUGAUGCUACCGGUCAGCCUCCUACUGAGCCAUCAAGCACCAUCGAUGAUGAAAUAAGUACAGAAAAGAUCAACUUUGCUCUAAACGCUGGCUGCAGCAAAAUCCCUGCUAAAGGUUCAGAAGAGUCCACCAGUGCCGCUCCAAUCUUUCUAUCAUCCACCAGCACUGUAACUUCUAACAUCUCACUCAUGAAGGGACACCAUCUUAGCAGUGAUGCUGACAGGAGGCAUCACUCUGUCACUCAACCCCACCUACAGAAGCAUGAAUGCUACGUGUCUGAAAAGCCAGUAAACUCAGCUAAGAAAACUGAGGUUGCAUCAAAGGCGAACAGCAUGUCCACAACCUUCUCUACUUCAGGUUCUCUGCAUAGUCUUCUUUCCAGCUCAGCCCUGAGUCCUGCUGAAGAGCCCUCCAGUCAGAUCACGGAUACUACAGCUGUUCAGAUAGGCUCCUCCUCUAAAACCAAACUUGCAGACGUCCAGUCUGUUCACAAUAUCGACAUUGUCACUGCUCUUCCAGCCACAUCUGAUCACAGGAUCCCUACCACUGGAUGUUCUUCUCACAGCCAGCAGGAGAGCACAGAUCAUAACACCAGUCCUGGCUGGGUUUCACCAUCCUUGGGUGAAGUUUCUGGUGACUCAGUCCCAAAAGAUGAAUCUGGUUCUGCUUUGAAUCCUCAGCACAGUCCUGUUCCUCCAGAGAUUACAGAAUUUUCCAGCUUCUCUCUCGAUCAUCAUGACUUGGAGGGAGUUUCUGUAUCUGCAGAUACUUCCUUGACCAGCACUGAUGUCACUGACUCAGUCCAGCCCAUCCUUGCUACCGUUGAGCCAGUUUGUCUUGGCUCUGAACUCGUCCAGCUCCAGGAUGAGUCAGUCUCAUCUCCGCUAAGCAUCCACAUAUCUAACCUAGAAACUUGCACCUCUUUUGGUUCUUCAAACACCACAGGGAUUGCUCCUAAUGAUGACUUAAGGAUGAGGUACACACACAUGGACAGACUUGAACAUUCCAGGCAGGCACCUGACCUUGCAGAAGUAGCUCAAACAGAGCAAGUCAGCAAGGUUUCUCUCAACACUGAUUCCAUUUCUGCCACCACAGAUCACAUCAAUAUCUAUCCAGACAUCUCUUAUCACACUCGCACUUCUGUAACUCAACUCCAGAAAGACAGGAUAGAUGCCCAAAUAUAUUUGGCAGCAGAUGAAAGCCAUGAAGAACCACAGAUAUUCAUUCAAAAGCAUGAUGGUAAUGAACCUGUGACACUUGGAAAUGACUUUGAGUCAAUUAAUAGUCAUUUACACUUACAUAACAAGAGACGGGCACUAGAAAGUGGCUUUGAUAACUUGAUGAAGGUGGUUUCAGAUGGGUGUGAGGUUCAGCUGAGCUCAGCAGGGGAUGGGAUAGUGGAGGAACGUGCAAGCAACGAAGCAGCAGAGGUAAAAUGGGAAGCUGAGGAGAUGCUGGGAUCUUUUCACACAAGAAUAAACGAUCAGAGAACAGAAUCGCAUCAAUACGCAGAAGCUCAGGGCCAGUCAGGCAGAGAGAGAGAGGUAGCCGCAGGUGAAGUCGCCUGGCAACUUUCGGAUCUAGCUAUCAUGAAACCGGUCGUGCCAGUUCAGCGAGAGCGUGUGCCUGAGGAAUGCACAGUGGCCCAUCCCUGCGGUCUGCACGAGGAGGCGUCAAUCACAGACUGCAACCUGGAAACUCGCUCUCACCUGGGGGCAGGGUACAGCCCCUCCCUGACCACGCUGUCUGCCUGUGCGAUAACACUGCAGGAGGACGCUGCUCGGGGUGGGGCUAGUCUCCACACUGACAGAGAGGAUAGCAGUAUAAAAGAGCAGAGAGGGACCUACACACACCUGAAACCCAGCUCAGGUGAAGAGGACCCAUCUGAGACGCCACACGGUCGGGCUAGUCGGUACAGACCACACGUGUUUCCUGCACAUGAGACUAACGACAGCCAGGAUACAAACAAAUCUACGGUCACCAGCAGUGCGGCCAGAAGAUCAGAGGAUCCACAGCACCAACACAGAGCAGGUGAUCUCAGCCUCCAUCCAGGGGCUGCAGCCAACAGCACCGCAGAUACAUCCAGGACUUUCACUGAGAGAAGCACAACUACUGCAGGAGUCAUUGUUUACAUCAGGGGGUUUGGAGAGAAGGAAGAAUAUCACUCUACAAGAACCAGCGCCCUCACUGACCAGCUGCCUGCGCCGCGCCACACUUCAGCUGGACGGUUCUCCCAUGCAUUCCCUGCUCUCAGUACAGUAGCAGAGGAGUCUGACCCAGAGAGUCCGGUGGAAAGUGCUUCUGGAUCAGAUACAGACAUGAGUUCCGGAGUCGGUGUCCUGAGCACCACUUUAAUUCUGAAGCCUAUAGGCUCUCAGGAGGGCAGAGAAGACGGCAAAAAGGUUCACAAAGUGUCCCUGGUCAGCAGCAGCAGCUCCACCAAUGGCUCGGCCCACUAUAUGAGUGAAAACAGACUGACGGAUGUAACCGGUUCCAGCCAUGAGUCGGGGAGUGUCUGGAGGACUCGGUACGAGGACUUUGGGUCCAUUCGAGAAGAAUCCAAACCCUCUACUGUAGACACAUCACAUUCUGACCUCUCAGGUAACACAUACCUGUAUUCCUCCCUGUCCAGCUUCAGGAGUGAGCCAACAACGUACUCCUCCCCCUGCUACUCCUUUUCCUCAGACGCUCCGCCCUCAUCCGUUUCCGUGGACACCACCGGUAUCCUUGGCAACAGUAGCUGGCAGAAUUUGAGGAGCGAAGUCCAGGAGAGCACUGAGAACGAGGUGAGUGGGAGGAGGGGGGAGGAGUUUUCUGCACCUGCAGGACUAAGGGAGGUGGAAAGAAAGAGAGGAAUAACAAACACAGGCUCAGACUCGCUCACCCAGCAGUCAAACGACUUCUUCUCCGGUGUCUUCAAAGCCACCUGGUGGAGCUGCCGUCUUCUCCCCAACAGACGCCAACCCGACCCUGACCCGGACCCCAUGCCCAGCUCCCCCCAUGAUAUGGAUACCUUGCUGGACACCUGAAGAGCAUGGGCCACCUGUCCGUCACCGAUCC